AUCGUUGUGUACCUCAAGGUGCAUUACUUACUAUAGACCCUCGUCAUUGCAUUUCUGUUUUUUCUACAUCUUCCUUUUUCUGUCAUACAGCGUUUCAUGCGUCUGUGUAAAAUGUGAUCAUGAUUAGCUAGGAUUUACGGUAGCUAACUAUGUUAAUGGCAUGUACUAACUUACACUCAACACCUGUGAUAUGUGCGCUAGGAAUAACAAUUUCAGGAUCUUAUUUACCAUCCAUGUAUAAUAAUUCAUAUCCACCUGUUAUCAAUGCUUGCGUUCUUACGCCUAUUUAAUGUCUAUCAUUAAUUGAUAUAUCACGCCCAGAACGUCAUCAAAUGCACUUUAUAACAGUUGUUGUUGAACUGGUUGGAAUUCUCUAGGAAAAUAAAUGCCUGCCACAGGAAGGCAACGCAUUUCAUAAUAAUGAAUAUUAGUUUAUCAGUCAGCCAAUCAAUCAGGAAGUCAGUGGCUUAAGUUACGGGAAUGUGUUAAAUUUUCUUGGAAAUAUGUUCGGACAAGUGCAUGCAUAUAUGAUGCAAUAGUGGACCGAUGACCUGGACACAUAGGAUAAUGUGGUUAGCUUAGCAAUAAUUACGUUAACAUUAUUUAUUCGAAACUUUGGACGACCAUAGGUAAAUCUACGUGUUUUUGGAUUCAGAAAAUAGAAACGUAUUUGACGUUUUUGUGUUAUAUCGAUAGAAUUGAGUUUUAAAAUUUGACGUCAAUAAAUGCAAUACUGUUAAGCUUUUAAAGCUCUUAACAAAUCUAAACCUCACAAACAAUGCUAUCUAGACAGCAGUGAUGAGACCGAUACAGCAGGGCAAUACUGUAGAUAUACAGGUCGAUAAGGGACUCCCCCGGCUAAUCGACAGGUAUGUAAAUAUGUAAUUAACUUGAUCAAGCCAUCAUAACAAUGUUUUACACUGGUAGGACACUAUAUCUAUGAAACACCGCAGGACAAAUCUUUUGGGGACAGCUGAUGUUUAACACUAUGUCAACUUUGAAAGUUGAACCUGUUUCUAUGAUAGCGUCACCAAACGUUGGUCAGUGCAUGUGUGGACUGGUGUCCGAAUCCAGAAAAGGUCACAAUGCUGGUCGUCGAACUGUUAGUAUUAGUCGGAUGGAAAGAACCGCCCUGUGGUCAUUCGUGAGUCUUGGGAGCUUUCUUGUUAUUUGCUGUUUUAUAAUGGAGGUCUUUACCAGAUAUAAGCUGGAGGUGAUCGCUGGGAAAUGUUUGUUGCAUCAAGACGUCAUACCUACUCCUAGAACAAAUCAUGAUGACGUCAUAAUACCCACACAAAGAUCAUCCACUGAGGGAGAAAAGAUAAACGAAGACUUGAUGUCAAGGGAUGAUGCAGUCUCCACACCUAGCGUAGUGAAACGACGGCCCCAUAAAAAACGUUCACGGGCUGUGAGGACACUAUCCAAUCAGGUCUCUACGCGCGCCUCUCAUUUCGUGGCUAACAGCGAUGGAUCCGUGGACUUUCAGUAUUCAGACGCGACUUGCAUACCGAAGUGGGACGGCAUGUUCUGUAGAAACGGGACUUUCUGGAGUAACCACACGGCGCAAGUUAUGAAAUUCUUCGUUGGUGCUGAAUGGACUAAGCAAGGAGAUGGUGGUAUCCAGCCGGCUCUUGUCCAAUCAACGCCUGGCAUGUUUACCGUGCAAAGUGGGGGUCUUUACCUCAUCUAUAUUAACGUGAUAAUCCGAACUACAGAGGACAAACAUGACAUCGAAGUGUACAGUGACCAGACACGCCUAUUACGAUGUCGACAAGGACUGGACUAUGUCCGGCAGACGGACGACAGGUUCCUGUACUCGAAGACACGCACGUGCAGUGUCAUGGGUCUUUUCUACUUGGAGGAUGGCGCUGUAGUGACGUCAAGGGUUCUACAGGCAAGGACUACACUGUCUCUUGGACCGGACAGCACUAACUUUGGCGCUAUCCAUUAUAAUACGCGCCCGCAACUCCGUGAUAUCAGUUUUGUUGGUUAGAAGUGUACAUAUGAUCAAUAUCAAAAGUGUAGUUACUUGCAAGUUUUUAUACAUAUGAUAAUGUAAAAUUUAAGAUAUUACUCAUAAUAAUGACAUAACAGGGAAAAUGAUUUCAAAGUAUGACACUCUUACUUCAGUGUUUGCCCCAACUUCAAUAUGUAUAAGAUCGGACAAGUUAGGGGGAGGGGACGAAAGGUUACAGCAGGAAUAAUGGUCACAGCUAGAAUGAUGGUUACAGCAGGGAUGAUGGUUACAGCGAGAAUGAUGGUUACAGCAAGGAUGAUGGUCACAGCGAGAAUGAUGGUUACAGCAGGGAUGAUGGUCACAGCGAGAAUGAUGGUUACAGCAGCGAUGAUGGUUAUGAUGACUGUUGUUUUAGUUCAUCUGUCGAAUACGUAUA